AAUUGAUGGAAAAUUAAUCAUGCUAUAUAGUAUGAACAUUUAUGAUCCAAAUAGGAUUGGCCAGUGUGCAUGACAGUGUAGACAUAAAAAAAAUAAAAGCAAAAAGCAAGUGUCUCUCUCCAAUAUAUACUACUUUUAUCCACAUAUAGUGUGAAGAAUCAAGUAAUUGAAAUUCCUUAACCAACCAAACAAACAAAGGGAGUGGGAAAGUACUCUGGAAACUGCAAUGGAAGGAAGAAGCAAGAAGGAGGCAUACUUUUGUGACAGAGGAAGCAUCUUCUCUUGUGCUGCAGAGGCACCUCCUAGUCCAAGCACUCCGCUUCAGCAUCCACAUGAGAAGAAACAGGUAUCUGUUGAGGAAGAAGAGGAAGAAAAUAAGGAGUCAAAGCAUGGUGCUGUAUUGGAUCUAAAUGUUUCAGGUGAUGAUUCUUGCAGUGCAGAAGCACUAGAACUGAAUCUCAUAACCUGUUUGGAUGUGGGGUCAUCAUCCAUUAGUGGCAAUUCUUCUUCAGAAGUCCCUCUUGCUUCUGAUGCUGCUGAGCCAAGAGUCUUCUCUUGCAACUACUGCCACAGAAAGUUCUACAGUUCACAAGCACUUGGUGGGCACCAAAAUGCACACAAGAGGGAGAGGUCAAUAGCAAAGAGAGGGCACAGGUUUGGAUCACAGAUAAUGGCCUUUGGCCUUCCCUUACUGCAUAAUAACACCCACUAUGCAAGCAUGGCUUCCCUACCCCUUUAUGGUGCUACCAAUAGUAGAGGAGGACCUCUUGGAAUUCAAGCACACUCCAUGAUCCAAAAGCCCUCUCAUCACCAUCAUCAUCAUCAUCAUCAUCAUGUGACUGGAUUUGGAAACUCUUAUGCACACCACCAUGGUUGGUCAAGACCCGUCAUUGACCAACAACCUGGAAUAGCAAAACUACCGGUGGCUGAUUUUCACAGAACAAAAUCAGCAUUUUCAUCAUCACAAACAAGUGUUGGUAGGUUUGAAAUGGCUAACACCCUGAUGAAUUCUUCAGCCAAUAAGGAAAUCGGUGGAUGUGUGGCCGGUGCUGAAACUCGUUUGAAGAGCAAUAAUCAAGAAGAAAUGAAGCACCUUGAUUUAUCCCUCAAGCUCUAAAACAAAGUUUACCAAUUUCAGCUGCAAACUUCAAGAUUUUUGAACUCUCAGCAACCACAUCAUGGCCACACCUGUGACUAGAUCGGUGGUUAAAUUUGUCCAGAAUUCAAGAUCCAAACCAGGACUCUGAACAUUAUUGGCUUGGCUUAUAUCUAUAUAUAGUUAAGAUUAGUAUAGUUAAGAUUUUGGCAAUUUUAUUUUUUCCCCAGUGUGAAAUAACAUUUGUGUAAAUUUGUUUAUGGGAGGAUCAAAGUUCUUUUCUUGUAAAUGACUUGAGAAUCAUUCAACUCCAGUUAGGUGUUUUUAUUGAGUUGAAAUUUUAAAGUUUGUUGAUGAGUC